AUGCUUCCAAUGCUUUUCUUACUCGCCCUAUGGAUCCGCAAUUGCGCCUGCAACAAAGUAAAGCCACAUACGGGCUGUCCUGGCCUCGGACAGUACAGCGCCUUCGAAACGGUGUCUUUCACUUGUGGCACGGAGGAGAUCUGUACAACCAUCCUGUCUAUGGACCAGGAUCUUAUAGAGAGCUACUUGGUACAAUGCGCCAUUCCUGCUCUCGUUGCCAGCACACUCGAGCGCAGAACCAGGAUCUCUGCCUUCAAUGACAGUUACUACUCUCCCAUGGUUAGAGUCUUCGGCAGUCGGUCCUCCAGUCCAGAUGGAGCCAUCAUUGGCGCCGUGGUAGCAGCACUUGUGAUGUUAGUGCUACUUGCCGCUGGAGGGCACUCCACGAGCAGCUUCUCCGAGGGCGGCAUCGUUAGGAGUGCCAGUAGUGCCUCGAGCAGCGUCACCGACGUCGAGGUUCAGCAGGCGACGGCUGUUCACUACUACCAGACGUCGCCGCGAGAGAUCGAGAUGUCGCAGCUGAGAGCGAGUGGUGGCGGUAUUGUGCCGAGGGCUGAACCAUGA